UUGAAGGUUGCCGGGAUGCUGACGUGAACUGGCGGAGAACUGGGGCAAGACUGAGUCCAGAGACCAUUUGGCCCACGCUGUGUCACUGUAAAGCCUGCUCUGCAUUGCUGCCAAUUGCUGCUGGUGGCGUUGUGCCCGUAAGUCUCUGUAACGCUGUCUUCAGUGACUCUAUGGCAUGAGCACCAGCCUCAAGCAGACUGGCUACAGAAUAAUGUCCACAUUUCGCUCCAGAUCAUCCCCUCCUCCCAGCGGGAAGGAAAUGGCUGCAAUGGAGCUGGCUCAGGGGUUGGUGACUUUCGAGGAGGUGGCUGUGUAUUUCACCAAGGGGGAAUGGCCUCUGCUGGACCCCACUCAGAGAGCCCUCUACAGGGAUGUCAUGCAGGAGAACUAUGCAACGGUGGUCUUGCUGGGGUUUCCAGUUUCCAAACCUGAUGUGAUCUCGCAGCUGGAACGAGGUGAAGAGCCGUGGGUCCCGGACCUCCAGGGCUCUGAGAAAGAAGUGCUCCCAAGAGCUGCCUUCACAGGGACUGACCUAUGUCUGGAUUCUCUCUGUCUCCCAUCAGGUGAUGGGAUGGUGAGUGAGAAUGAGGAGGAGAAACCCCAUCAGGAAGAUGCUGAGCAAGUAGAACCACAUGGAAUGUUAUCAGGAAGAUCCAAAGGGAAUGUUUCCGGGAGUAGUGCACUCCGAGAAAAAGCAAAAGCCUGUGAGACUCAGGAGAGGUCAGAGGAAAACUUUAGUAGCCACUCAGACCUAAUAACAAGCAACAGAAUCAACUUGAAAGAGAGACACUACACAUGCUCCGAGUGUGGGAAAAGCUUCAGUUGGAGCUCAGAUCUUGUUGCACAUAGGAGAAUCCACAUGGGCGAGAAACCUUAUGGACGCUCUGAGUGUGGGAAACGCAUCAUCGAUAGUUCAACCCUCAUCUCACAUCAGCGAAUCCAUACAGGAGAGAUGCCCCACACAUGCUCUGAGUGCGGAAAAAGCUUCAGUCGGAGCUCACACCUUAUCACACAUCGUAGAAUCCACACAGGAGAGACGCCCUACACAUGCUCUGAGUGUGGGAAAAGCUUCAAUCACAGCUCUACCCUUAUCACACAUCAGAGAAUCCACACAGGGGAGAAGCCCUACACAUGCUCUGAGUGUGGGAAAAGCUUCAAUCAGAGCUCAAACCUUAUCACACAUCGUAGAAUCCACACAGGAGAGACGCCCUACACAUGCUCUGAGUGCGGGAAAAGCUUCAGUUGUAGCUCACACCUUAUCAGACAUCAGAAAAUGCACACAGGGGAGAAGCCCUACACAUGCUCUGAGUGCGGGAAAAGCUUCAGUUGUAGCUCACACCUUAUCACUCAUCAGAGAAUCCACACAGGGGAGAAGCCCUACACAUGCUCUGAGUGUGGGAAAAGCUUCAGUCACAGCUCUGCCCUGUUCACACAUCAGAGAAUCCACACAGGAGAGACGCCCUACACAUGCUCUGAGUGCGGGAAAAGCUUCAAUCAGAGCUCAAACUUUAUCACACAUCGUAGAAUCCACACAGGAGAGAAGCCCUACACAUGCUCUGUGUGUGGGAAAAGCUUCAGUGAUAGCUCAAGCCUUAUUAGACAUCAGAAAAUCCACAUGAGAGAGAAACGCUACACAUGCUCUGAGUGCGGGAAAUGCUUCAGUCGGAGCUCAGACCUUAUCUCACAUUGGAGAAUCCAUACAGGAGAGAAGCCCUACACGUGCUCUGAGUGCAGGAAAAGCUUCAAUGAGCACUCACACCUUAUCACACAUGGGAGAAUCCACAUGGGUGAGAAACCUUAUGGAUGCUCUGAGUGUGGGAAAUGCUUCAUUUAUCGUUCAGGACUCACCUUACAUCAGAAAAUCCACACAGGAGAGAAGCCCUACACAUGCUCUGAGUGUGGGAAAAGCUUCAAGCAGAGCUCAAACCUUAUCACACAUCGUAGAAUCCACACAGGAGAGAAGCCCUACACGUGCUCUGAGUGCGGGAAAAGCUUCAGUCGGAGCUCAAACCUUAUCUCACAUAGGAGAAUUCACGUGGGAGAGAAACCCUACACGUGCUCUGAGUGCGGGAAAAGCUUCAUUUAUCGUUCAGGACUCAUCUUACAGAGAAUCCACACAGGAGAGAAGCCCUACACAUGCCAUGAGUGCGGGAAAAGCUUCAAUCGGAGCUCUGCCCUUAUCACACAUCGGAGAAUCCAUACGGGUGAGAAACCUUAUGAAUGCUCUGAGUGUGGGAAACGCUUCAAUCAGCGCUCAAACCUUACUGUAUAUCAGACAGUCCAUAUAGGUGAGAAACCUUAUGAAUGCUGUGGGAAAAGCUUCAUUGAUAGUUCAACCCUCAUCUCACAUCAGCGAAUCCACUCAGGAGAGAUGCCCCACACAUGCUCUGCAUGUGGGAAAAGCUUCAAUCGGAGCUCAAACCUUAUCACACAUCGUAGAAUCCACACAGGAGAGAUGCCCUACACAUGCUCUGAGUGUGGGAAAAGCUUCAAUCAGAGCUCUACUCUGAGCACACAUAGGAGAAUCCACACAGGUGAGAAACCAUAUGGUUGCUCUCAGUGUGAAAAAAGCUUCAGGCAUAGCUCAGCCCUCAUCUCACAUCAGAGAAUCCACACAGGAGAGACUCCCUACAUAUGUUCUGAGUGCGGGAAGAGCUUCAGUCACAGCUCUGCCCUGUUCAUACAUCAGAGGAUCCACACAGGAGAGACACCCUACACAUGCUCUGAAUGUGGGAAAAGCUUCAAUCAGAGAUCUGCCCUGAUCGCACAUCAGAGGAUCCACACAGGAGAGACACCGUACACGUGCUCUGAAUGUGGGAAAAGCUUCAAUCGGAGCUCUGCCCUUACCACACAUCAGAGAAUCCACACGGGUGAGAAACCUUAUGGAUGCUCUGAGUGUGGGAAAUGCUUCAGGCAUAGCUCAGCCCUCAUCUCACAUCAGCGGAUCCACACAGGAGAGACACCCUACACAUGCUCUGAGUGCGGGAAGAGCUUCAAUCAGCGCUCAAACUUUAUCACACAUCAGAGAAUCCACACAGGUGAGAAACCUUAUGGAUGCCCUGAGUGUGGGGAACGCUUCAUUCGUCGUUCAGUCCUCAUCUUACAUCAGCGAAUCCACACAGGAGAGAUGCCCUACACAUGCUCUGAGUGCGGGAAAAGCUUUAGUGGGCACUCAGCCCUUAUCACACAUCUUAGAAUCCACACAGGGGAGAAACUCUACCCGUGCUCUGAGUGCAGGAAAAGCUUUAAUCAGCGCUCAAACCUUAUCACACAUCGGAGAAUCCACAAGGGAGAGAAACCUUAUACAUGCUCUGAGUGUGGGAAAAGCUUCAUUCGUCGUUCAGUCCUCAUCUUACAUCAGAGAAUCCACACAGGAGAGAAGCCCUACACAUGCUCUGAGUGCGGGAAAAGCUUCAAUCACAGCUCUGCCCUGAUCAAUCAUAGGAGAAUCCACACAGGGGAGAAGCCCUACCCAUGCGCUGAGUGUGGGAAAAGCUUCAGUCAGCGCUCACACCUUAUCAGACAUCAGAGAAUCCACACAGGGGAGACACCCUUCACAUGCUCUGAGUGCGGGAAAAGAUUCAAUCAGAGCUCAAACCUUAUCGCACAUAGGAGAAUCCACAUGGGAGAGAAACCUUAUACAUGCUCUGAGUGCAGGAAAAGCUUUAGUGAUAACUCAAGCCUUAUUAGACAUCAGAAAUUCCACAUGAGAGAGAACUGUAAUAAAUGCCUCGACUAACGCUGGCUGAAGAUUUUUUUUUUAAUCACAUUUGCUAAUUCCCACAUAGUGAUCUUUGCACCAUCUUCACCUUGGUCUAUCCACUCUCCUAGAUGAGUUGCCUGCUUCUGCCUUUUGCAGCUCACCCUUCUUUGGAGUCAGUCCUGUGAUCUUUUCUAUCAACUCCUUUCCUUUUGAGUCGCAGGAGUUUGUGUCCCUCCAGCCAGGAAUGUUCAUUGGCUCCAGGUGGGAGAGAGAGUUUUGAUCCCAACAAGCUACACUGAGGCAAAAACUACCUGUGCCUUACAUCCACUAGGACUGUACAUGGCUUUGGCUGCUCAAGUUAGUGAUCUUGAUACCAUUAUAGUUGUAGUGCAGAUGCAGCCCAGGUGCAGUGGUUGGCGUUAGCUUUCGCCUUGAGCUAACCUAAAUUCCAUCACUUUUCCUAGUCUAACAAACCCUGAGCAUCACGGUUAUACUGUUCCCCCAUUUCAAAGCAAUUUUUAGUCAUCAAGUUCCCCCUUCAGGAAGAAAUUGUUUCAUUCCCAGUUGCGCUUUUGUUGCUUCAGGUUGUGCUGGAGAGGAGAUAUUUUUACUACCAUUUUCCUCACUUAAAAUAUAUUGAACUAUAACAAAGAGCAGGAACAGGGCAGGGAUAGGGAAAAUGUCAUUUUACCCUCUGUAACAACAGAAGAAGAUAGGGUAAGUCAGAGGGAUUCCCUUAUUCCCCAUUACCAUCCCAAUCCCCCUGUUGUUCAAUUGGUUAGGUCAAUAUUUUUUCUAAAGGGCUGGGAAGAGGAUUCCCUAGUAAACGACUUGUAACUAAGCAAAAUACCCAUACAUUUGGCUCCCAAAACAGUUGUGGCCCAGGCCCUGCAGGAGGUCACUCUUGAAGAUAUCUCCUUCCUAAUCAGGUGCAUGUUGCCUAUUAUUUGGGAAAUGCAAUCCCUAUCUAGGUAGAGAUGGGGAAAAUGGAAGUGACAUUUCUCUUCAGCUUCCCCCGGGAGAUACUGCAAAUGUGUAGAAAAUGAAAUCUGUGUUGAAUGUGAUAUAGCUGCAGAAAGAUACCUAUUUUUAAUAGAUACCUGACAUUUGGUGUCUUACAGAGAUUCUAAGCUGCACCUGAAUUUUGUCCCUAAUUUAAAUCUGUGCCACCAGAUUAAAGAAAUAAAAAGGCAUAUUUUGAGGAGUUAUAUCUCACUAUCGCUACUGAUACGUUGUGUGGUUGGUGAAGAAUUCUAUGCCAGAGAAGUGUCAAAUUACUCCAAGUAGGGUCAAAGAUUUGACAAGAACUCAUGUAGAAAUUGCAGAUACUAGUGGUUGAUUUUCACCCCAGAGAUGGAAGGUAUGGUGACCAGUGGCCCAGGUAAACUAUUUUUAGAAUGCUGCUCCCUAGUUAAGUGGCAUUGGUCACACUCCUAUCGGAUGCCAUGACUAAAUUGGGCACAACUGUCUUUUACCUUUGGAUCCAAAGUUUCAUGAAUCACAGAGAGAAUCAUAGAAGAUUAGGGUUGGAAGAGACCUCAAGAGGUCAUCUAGUCCAACCCCAUGCUCAAAGCAGGACCAACAUCAACUAAAUCAUCCCAGCCAGGGCUUUGUCAAGCCGGGCCUUAA